AUGUCUGGCGAUCUUGCUGAUGACGAUGCGGUGGCGCGCUUUCCAGAGAGCCAUGGACCAUCUCACCUCACAACUCUCCCCGAUGAAGUUCUUCAACAGAUAUUGUCGUAUCUGCCUCCAUUGACCACAGUCGCGCUACAGCACACAUGUCGGCGCUUUGCACAUACGGCCAAUGAACCACUCUUGUGGAAACGAUAUUGCCAACAAUGCCGUCGGUGGAGCAGACGACACAACAUUCAGUCCAAGUUACGGGACACUUCUUUCACCGAUUGGAAGUCACUCUAUGCCAGUCGUUACUUGGCCUCCCAAACGACACGGAACGCCAUCGGCAAAAUGGUGGCUGAGGAAGUUGGAAGACUCGAUUCGGUCAAGGAGAUUCUUGACCUCGGAAUCGACGCCAAAGAAGAGCUUUUGCACCUGUAUCGGAAUGCUGCGUCGUCACCAAACCACCUCGCACAGAAAUACUGGAGUCAUGGCGCACUUGGCUGUCUCAAUCGUUUCCUGGCCGCCGAUGAAUGGACGAGCAUCGUAACCGACCUUGACACAGAAGAAGUCAAUGCUUUCGAACGGCCGAUUGCUGCUCUUGACCUCUUUGUUCUUGAAGACAGAGAGCAGGGAGACAUUGACGAUAUCUUCGAGAGGCUAGACUCUUAUGUAUCAUCAGUCCGCGAUGCUCAUCCCGAUAUCGACACCAAGUCACCAAGAGCCAAAGCCAGCAUCAUUGCCGGACACCUGCUACAGAAUAACUGGGUUGGCAUCCAGGGCAAUCGCAACUAUCACAGCAUAGACCAUAUGUUUCUCGGCGUCGCACUGUUCAGCGAAAACCGAAACUCAGUCCCUCUGAUCUCGGCCGUCAUCUACUGCUACGUCGCCCGCCAUUUCGGGCUUCAGGCAGCGCCGUGUAGCUACCCUUACCAUGUUCACGCACUCGUCCAACCACCAAGUGGCAUGGAUCUGAACGGGAACCCUCUACCCGAAUCGUUCGAUGGCCAUGACGGUAACGCCCGCGAACUGACCCAUCUUUACAUGGACCCCUUCAACACCGCGGAACCCAUCUCAUAUUCGAUGCUGGUCGCACGGGCGCGCUUCGUCGCCCCGUCCUCGUCGGCAUCGCAGAUAGAAUCAUACCUCUCGCCAUCGUCGGCUCAGGAUCUCGUCACCCGCACGUGCUACAACAUCCUCUCGUCCCCGUCUCACUUCCGAGGCGACCCGGUGUUCCCCGUCGACGGCCGUCUCGCGUCCUACGCGGCGCUGUUCGCCCUCACCGUCCUCCCGCCGCGCGCAGCACACGACCACGACCAGUUCGGCCAGCACCUCAGGAUCCUGACGCGCCACUUCUUCGAAUACUUCGACCUCGACGUCCACCUGUUCGAGGCCUUUGUCCUGCCGCUGACCCGCGCGUUCGAGGACGCCAGGGCCUACCGCAACCUCAUCUUCCAGAUCAAGGAAGCCGACCACGAGCUUCCGCCGCCCAAGUACCGCUCCGACCCACGGAACGAAGGCGUCAAAUACCGCGUCGGCCAGGUCUUCCGGCACCGCAUCCGCGGCUACCACGCCGUCAUCUACGGCUGGGACGCCUACUGCAAGAUGCAAGAGCAGUGGAUCACGCACAACCAGGUCGACCGGCUGUCCAACGGUCGACACCAGCCCUUUUACAAUGUCCUCGUCGACGACAAGUCGACGCGCUACGUGGCCGAGGAGAACGUGGUGUUGUUGUCGCCCGACCAGAUCACGGACGAGGUGCUGAAUUCGUUCAGCAUCGAGAUCGGCAAGUGGUUCAAGCGCUAUGAUGCCCCCACGGGCACUUUUGUGAGUAAUGUGCGCCAUCGGUAUCCUGAUGAUUGA